AAAACAUACAGGAUGUGGAAAAAUCAUUUUGACAGAAAGUUAGGUUAAAGCGUAUAUAGGUUGUAUUUGCUAGAAUUGUGAAGAAAAAUUUAACAAUCUUUUUUGUGGACUCGUUGCACUCUGCAUAUCCACACUUCUCGUCCAGAAAAAUAAGUGUUUUCAAUAUUUGAGAUUUUACUACUUUAUCCGUUGAUCAUUUAAGAUAACUAUGAACAGUCAGAUGUUACAAAGACUUCGUUCUUGCAAAAAAUUAUACCAAUGCUCAAAAUUUAGAUCUGCCCAUCAAUUAAAAAGUGAUGUAGAAGUGGAUAUCUUGCCUAAACAAGAGGCAAAGGUUUCUCAAAUUGGUAAUGGCAUUAAAGUUGCAUCGAUUGAAGACAAUAGUCCUAUUUCACAAAUAACUGUCGUUAUCAAGGCCGGAUCAAGAUACGAGACUUCCAGUAAUCAAGGAGUUACCCAUGUUCUAAGGAAUGCUGCUGUUUUUUCCACAAGGAAUCAUACUGCCUUUUCUCUUGUUCGUAACUUAGAAGCUCGUGGGGCAAAAUUAAGCGUUGUUGGGACUCGAGAUCAUUUGUUCUAUACUCUAAAGUGUCCAAGAGAUGAAGUGGAUGCUGGUCUUGGAGUUUUAUCUGAAGUGACUAACCAACAAGUGUUUAAACCUUGGGAAGUUGAUGAUAAUUCCUCUAAGUUAGAAGUUGAUUUAGCUAUGUUGAACAACAACCCCUCCGCUGUUCUGAAUGAAAUGCUUCACAGGGCUGCUUUCCGUGGUGGAUUGAGCAAUGGUAUUUACUCCCCCUCUUGGAUGAUUGGAAAACACAACAGUGAAAUGCUGCAUAAUUAUGUCCGUGACAACUUUACAACGUCAAGAACUUCUGUAGUUGCACUUGGUCUGCCCCAUGAUUAUUUGCAAGACUGUGUCAAUGAAUUAUUUACUAUGAGUGAUAGGUCUGCCAGCAAUUCAGGAACUUCAAAGUUUGCUCCAGGAGAAAAAAGGCAAGAAGCUGAUUUGCCACAAACUCAUGUUGCAAUAGCUGCUGAAGGAUCUGGCUUAAGUAAUUAUAAAGAUGUGCUAAGUUUGGAAAUACUUUCAUUGAUUUUAGGUUUCCAUUCAGAUAUUCCAAAAUUUACGAAGCUUGGUCUUGUAGCAGCAAAAAAUACUAAUAAUCCUGUUCAUGUUAGCAGUUUGAACAUAAAUUAUGCUGAUACUGGUCUUUUUGGAGUCCAUAUUGUGGGAGCACCAAGUGAUAUGAAUGUUGUUGUAAAGGCUGUUGUGUCUGAAAUGAAACAAGUUGCAAAAGCCAUUUCACCCGAAGCUCUUGAAAUUGCUAAGCAUAAAUUAAAAGCAAAACUGCUGAUUGACAGAGAAGUAUCGAGUAAUGCUCUCACCUGCAUGGCUAUUGAGACAUCUGAAUACGGUCAAAUAAAGAAUGUGGAUGAAAUUCUGAAAUCAAUAGAUGCCCUUAAAGUUUCUGAUGUACAAGCAAUUUCAGGACGAGUGAUGAAAGCUAAGCCAGCCAUGGCUGCAUUAGGACGUUUACAUGCUACUCCUCAUGUUGAUGAAUUGAUGUAGUUGUUACAAAAACAUUUAUUUAGUCCAAUCAACAUCUUUAUUUAUUAAUUUUUUUGUUUUUCAGAACUCAGCAAAAAGUUUAAAUAAAUAAUUUAACAAUCUAUACAGUUUAUUUUAUAAUCAAACCUCUGGUCAUAAUCAAUGUAGAACAAAUGAAAAUAAACAUCUUUUUUUGUUUGAUUCCAUAUUUUAAAGUAUGUGCAAACUAUGAUAUACACCAGUAAUUCUUAAUCUUUUUUUUUUGUUGAGGCACAUAAAGAGAAAAAUAAGUUUAAAAGUUGUUUACUUACCUAUGCACUAUCUAAAUCAGUUUAUGAUAAUAAUUUUGAAUGUGAAAUAAAAUAUGUACUACAAAAGCAUGUUUAUUAAAGGAUUAAUUAGCUCUUUCAA